AUGCGGCAAGGAGUUAGCAUUGGGAUUCGGAGUUCAACCAAUGAAUGCGUCUGCAAGGUUGAUAUUAAGCCUUGGUUAUUUACUCCAAGAAAAGGGUUCAGAAGUUCAGAGGCCAAUUCCACUGCAAUUGACAUAUAUUGGGAUUUUUCAUCCGCAAAAUUUGGUUUUGGCCCGGAACCGCUAGAGGGGUUCUAUUUAGCUGUUGCAUUUAACCAAGAACUUGUCCUGCUCCUCGGGGAUUUGCAAAAGGAAGUGUAUAAGAAAAUAGGUCCUAGCCCUGUUGCAUCUAAUACGGUGUUUAUUGCCAAAAGAGAGCACAUCUUUGGGAAGCGAGUAUACACUACAAAGGCUCAAUUCUGUGACCACGGGCCGAUACAUGACAUCGAAAUUGAGUGCGAUACUGGGGGGAUUAACGAUCCAUCUCUGGCCAUCAGCGUGGAAAGCAGAGCGGUGUUGCAGGUGAAGUGGCUGCGGUGGAAGUUCAGGGGGAACCAGACUAUUUUGGUGGAUGGACUGCCGGUGGAAGUGUUGUCACGCCCCGAGCCCGCACGUGCCCGUCACAUGACAUCCGCCGUACUUCCAAGUCUCACUCAAGAAUACAAGGCUACAUUAACUAAUUUAACUUGA